UUGCUCUAAUAAUUAUGCUGUCGAGGUUUGUUUUCUUCUAAUAAAAAUUAGGAGUUUAAUUGUCACAGCUCAUAUGCUGAUUAUCUGAAACGGUCUUAAGAUCACUAAAACUGUUUAAAUAUCAUUCAUGGAGCGACGCCCAGUGCACUGUAAAAAAACACUUCUUCUCCAACUCAGAUUUUUGAAGGGGCCUUUUGAUUUUCAGUGCUAAAGUUUUCUUCCUAUAAGAUAUGUUUGCUCCAUCAUCUCUCCUGUUGUAGAUGUCACUAGAUAUGCUGAUACGGACUCUCCUAGCCUUGGAGAGAUAUAUGAGAUUGUUGACAACAUGAUUCAGAAGAUGAAGGAGAUAUUUUUGGCUCACGAUCAGUCGUUGGACUUAUAUGAGGAGUACAUUCACCCAAUUUUCAUGCGAAGGUGGAAUGCUAUGAACACUCCACUUCAUAUGGUGGCUUUUGCACUAAACCCAAAAUGGUAUGAGCCCAGGCCUGGAAGGUGCGCUCCUAGUGAGGAUGCCGAGGUGAGACGUGGGAUUAUAAAGGCCCUUCAAAAGAUGUAUUCAGUUGAGGAAUUUGGUAGACUUUGUGAGCAAUGAGUUGCCUUCACAAACCUUGAUGGUCCAAACUUUAGCUCACCAGAGGCCAAGAUGGAUAGAGCAAUAAUGGCCAUAGCAUACAGGAUUCUUAUAAAUUAAAUUGACAGCAUAACAUUUCUAUAAUAUGGAGCAUGCAAAUGUUGGGAAUAAAAAAUGGCACGGAGCACCAAGUUCAGUAGCUUUGGCUUGUAGAGAAUGCAAGGGUCUGAUUACACCAUGCAUUAUUUGUGCCCUCCCCAUCACAUUUGUUGAUGAUACAAUCUGGGUGGAAUGUGGUUACUGUGGGGCUGCCAAUCCAAUGCAUGAGCACGAACGCCGUUUGUUGAGUCUUGCCCCUCCAUUGGCAUUAACGCCAUCAAUGGUUAGAAGAGUGAUGGUGGCACACAUUGGCCAGCGCCAGUACACACUAGCUUUGCUCUCACAAUUCCAUCAGUUUCAGAUGGACCAGGACAUAAUAACAUGCUCUGAUCAAAAUAAGGAUGUGUUUGCUCAAGAAAAGUUGGAUGACACUGACACAGUUAUGGAAGUAAUACUGAAUACAAAUUUAAAUGAUUUGCCUUUUGUUGAAUAUGAUGGGAUAAUAGCUGUCUUCAAUGUCUCCAUUGAUAGCAACAAAGUCAACUGGGCUCAAGCUAAGGACACCUCAGGAAGUGAACCAUUACUAAAACGCAUGCGAAUCACUUCAGAAAAUGAAGGUCUUGCUACAUAUAAUGUCAUAAGACAUUCUGAGUCGGAGGCAAGCAGCAUGCAGAUGCCUGAUCAAUUGGAUGCAAUAAUUAAAAGUAUGCACAGAGCUGACUGCACUUCAAGAGAGGUUGAUAUCAACAAAAGUUCAGAUAAAUAUGGAAUUGGUGUGGAAGAUAAAAUAAAAGGGCAAAAAUUAGGACUGGAAAGUAAUGAAGUUAAAGUUGUUUCAGAAAAUACUCGCUGUUCCAAAUGUGGAAGCUCUUUCAUUGAAACUGAUAAAUUUCCACUUACAUCUGAAGGAAGCUUCAUGCGUAUGGAAACUCAAUUGCUUGCUUUACACUCUGCAGAGUCACUUUCAUCUGACUUGCAUUCCUCUACAUCUACAUAUCCAAUAUGUGGUUCAGUGCAUGUAAGUGCAAUUAAAGUGGCAAAUGAAAAGAUCUGUGCUGACCAACAUAAUAGAAUCUGUGGUUCCCAUCAGCAGUUCAGUCACUUCUCUAUCAAUGUUUUACGUUUGGCACAUUCAGUUCUGGCUUCUGAUUGGAAAAAAUGGUUGAUGGAUGGCAAGCUGCAUAUUAAAGAACAGCUCAUUGAUGAUGUUCUAUCAUGCAUUGAAUUAUUCUUACAAAAACGUCAAGUUAUUUUUCAUUCUCUGGCAAUGGUGUGGAAGGCUAUGGCUGCACAAGCACAAUCUAAUCUGGAUUCAAGAGCUUUUCUGGAACAUCAAUUGUAUAUAUCAGCGGGCACCUUGCUGAAAGAUAUCUUCAUCGAGAGGCUCCAGGAAAGAUGUAAUACUUUCAAGAAACUGUUAGAACCUUUCACAGAGCUUUUGAGUCAAAUUAAUGUACUUCUGAAGUUUUGUUUUGAACAACUGAGAAGUCAUUUUAAGGAUCCAUAUCUGUUUCCUUUGCAACUUGAAUCUGAGAGUAAAUUCAAUGGAGUGAACUGUGAAACUGAAACUGCACUUCAAGCUGUGCAAACAGCCGUACCCUUAUGGUUGCUGAUCUAUCACGAUGUGGCACAUGCCACAGUUUUAUGGCAAAUCAAGUCAACUGCUAAUAAGAAACAGGUUGGGAAGAACUUGCUGAAACUGGAAUUCUUGUCAGGUUAUAGUAAAUAUUUUUCUAUGCAGUACAUUGGAAGGGCCUUAUUGGACGGAUUAAAAAUUAGUUUGGUCAAACCUUUGCAUGCAGGUCCCAUGAUUUGGUCAUUUGAGAUGACUUAUUGAUAGUUGUCCUUGAUUCAUAUGCAAAGAGCUCUAGCAAAGCAAGCAAAUAUUCUUAUCUCUCUUAUGUUGAUUUACAUGUUUUAUUUCAA